GGUCACGUGAGACAAACCGGAAGCCCGAGGAGGCGGUCCGGGGUUCUUUCCCCAGUGUCCGGAGAGGGGCUCCUCAGGUCUGCCGCCGGGAUGGAGCGGGCGCGCGCGGCGGGGGAGCGUCUCUUGAGGCGCGUGCGCGGGGCGGAGGCGCUGCGCGAGGCCUGCCGCCAGUACCCGCUCUUUUGCUGCCUCCUCCUGGGGCUCAGUGUGGCCACCAUCCUGCUCAGCAGGUACCUUCACGUUUUAAUGAUCUUCUGGUCAUUUGUGGCAGGCGUUGUGACAUUCUAUUGUUCCUUAGGUCCGGAUUCUCUGUUACCAAACAUACUGUUUACAAUAAAACAUAAAACCAAGCAAUUAGAACUACAAGAGCCAUAUUCCCAAGGGUUCAGCUGUGAUGUAUGUGGUAACAUCAAGUGUAAUAGGCAUAGGCUUGCAUUGCUGCUAGAAAAUUAUCAGCCAUGGCGAGACCUGAACGUUCCCUCUAAAGUUGAUGCUUCGCUCUCAGAGGUGUUUGAGCUGUUGCUGGAUAACUUUGUUUAUCCUUGGUACAGGGAUAUAACUGACGAUGAAUCUUCUGUGGAUGAACUAAGAGCAACUUUAAGAUUUUUUGCAUCUGUGGUAGUACGCAGAAUUUACAAGGUGGAUAUUCCAACAGUUAUAACAAGGAAAAUGCUGAAGGUUGCCAUGAAGCAUAUAGAAGUAAUAGCCAAAGCCAGACAGAAAGUGAAAAAUGCUGAAUACUUACAGCAGGCUGCUUUGGAAGAGUAUGGGCCAGAGCUCCAUGUGGCUUUGAGAAGUAGGAGAGAUGAACUACAUUACUUAAGGAAACUUACUGAGCUUUUGUUCCCCUACAUUCUGCCUCCAAAGGCAACGGCCUGCAGAUCAUUCACCUUACUUCUAAGAGAAAUUCUCUCUGGUUCUGUCCUCCUUCCCUCCAUGGAUUUCUUAGCUGAUCCGGAUACUGUGAAUCAUCUGCUACUCAUCUUCAUUGAUGACAGUCCUCCUGAGAUCGCAACAGAGCCUGCAUCAGCAUUGGUUCCCUUUCUACAGAAGUUUGCAGAUCCCAGAAAUAAGAAGCCCUCAGCCCUGCAAUUGGAAUUGAAAGAAAUCAGAGGCCACCAGGAUCUUUUCUUUCUCUUCAUGAAUUUUUUGAAAAAAGAAGGAGCAGUGCAUGUAUUGCAGUUUUACCUUGAUGUAGAGCAAUUUAAUGACAGAAUUUUACAGCCAGAAUUAUCCAAUGAUGAAAUGAUGGCUCUUCAUGAAGAAGUAGUGAAAAUCUACAAAACAUACUGCUUGCAUCAGAGCAUUGACAAAAUUAAAUUUGAUCCUUUCAUUGUGGAAGAGAUACAGAGUAUUGCUGAAGGACCCUAUGUCGACGUUGUCAAGCUGCAAACAAUGAGAUGCUUCUAUGAAGCCUUUGAACAUGUUUUUUCCCUCUUAGAGACUGUCUUCAUACCUAGAUUCUGCCACACUGAUGAAUUUUUCAGAUAUCUCUUAAAAGAAGAUGAAUCCCCAACGCGCAAUUCCAAAUCAAACAAGAGUUCCCAGAAAAAAGGAGAAUCUGGAAUCAGAAGUAUAAGUAGUAAAAUCAAAGGAGUCUUCAAGAGUACCACAAUGGAAGGGGCUGUGCUGCCCAGCUAUGGCCUCGGUGAAGGAGAGGAUGACUUUAUUGAAGAAGGCAUUAUGGUAAUGGAAGAUGAUUCUCCUGUGGAAGCACUUAGCGCACCAAAUACCCCUCGCAAUCUUGCCGCUUGGAAAAUUACCAUUCCAUAUGUGGACUUCUUCGAAGAUUCCUAUGAAAGGAAAGAGAGAAGGGAGAGAAUUCCAGUAUUUUGCAUUGAUGUGGAGAGGAAUGACAGAAUGGCAGUUGGGCAUAAACCCGAGCACUGGUCUGUCUACAGAAGAUAUCUGGAAUUUUAUGUCCUUGAAUCAAAGCUAACAGAAUUUCAUGGUACAUUCCCUGAUGCUCAGCUUCCUUCAAAGAGGAUCAUUGGACCAAAGAACUAUGAAUUCCUAAAGUCAAAGAGAGAAGAGUUUCAGGAAUACCUGCAGAAACUUUCUCAACAUCCAGAGCUAAGCAACAGCCAGCUUUUGGCUGACUUCUUGUCUCCCAAUGGCGGUGAAACACAAUUCCUUGACAAAAUGUUGCCUGAUGUAAACCUUGGCAAAAUUAUAAAAUCUGUUCCUGGAAAACUAAUGAAAGAGAAAGGCCAGCACUUGGAGCCAUUUAUUAUAAAUUUUAUUAAUUCCUGUGAACCUCCCAAGCCUAAGCCAAGUAAACCAGAACUUACUAUUCUCAGCCCUACAUCUGAAAACAACAAAAAGCUUUUUAAUGAACUCUACAAGAACAAUGCAAACCGUUCAGAGAACUCAGAAAGAAGACAAAAUCAGAACUACUUUAUGCAAAUGAUAACUGUCGAAGGAGUCUAUGACUACUUAAUGUAUAUUGGUAGAGUGGUGUUCCAUAUACCUGACUGGCUUCAUCACAUCCUGAUGGGAGGCCGGAUUCUCUUCAAAAACACCUUAGAGGCAUACACCGACUACUACUUGCGGUACAAGCUGGAACAACUCUUUCAGGAGCACCGUUUGGUGUCACUUAUCACACUUUUGAGAGAUGCUGUGUUUUGUGAGAACUCUGAGCAUCGGCCUCUUCAAGAUAAGCACAAACGAGCAAAGCAGACCUUUGAUGAAAUGAUGAAGUACAUUCCAGAUUUAAUAGGGAAGUGCCUUGGAGAAGAGGCCAAAUACGAAGGCAUCAGACUUCUGUUUGAUGGAUUACAGCAGCCAGUGCUUAACAAACAGUUAACGUAUGUUCUUCUGGAUAUUGGAAUUCAGGAGCUAUUUCCAGAACUGAGUAAUGAGAUGCCCUAGGAUUUGCGGCUGAUGUUGACAUCCCCUUCUGCUACCUUGUCCCAUUUCCUUUAUCCUCUGUGAAAAAUCCUGGGCCCAGAUGGAUCCAAAGAUCUGCAAGGAGAAGAAAUCCCAACCAUGGCUCCCUUCCUUGAACGGCUGAGCUAGGGCAAGACUUUGGGUGAUGCUCUGCAACAGUCCACGUGCCAGGGUUUCUGCACUGCUUUUGUUGGCAUGCAGCCUGAAACAGGAGCUGUCAUUCUGCACAAACAGAAGAACAAAUGGAUUUCAGUUCUCAUACAUAAGACUCAUGCUUUAAGCCAGAAGAAAGCCUUUGUUCACACAGAAGAAGCCAUCUGAGGAAGGAGGGGCACUUCUGAAAUCACCUCAGUAAUUUUGAUUUUUAUAGCUCUUGCACAUUGUUUAUGAGAGUGAGUUUUGGGAGUGGUUCCAUUGCUGGUUUCUGAGAAGCACAGAGAGCAGUUUUAUUGAGCACUACGCAAUUGAAGAAUUGGACAAUGGACAAACCAAAGUCCUUUUUGUUCCAUUAAUCAGCCUUCGGUCAGAUUUCUCUGGAGAUUGACAAGCAAAAAAAAACAGAACCAUUCCUUAUUGUGUAUCCCAACAGUACCAUUACCAAUAGUAAUUAUUCUGAUUACCAAUAUGGAACGACCGUAGUUGUUGAAUGAUCCGUUCUCUAUUCAUUUGACUUGGCCUUUUAAAGCAAUGUGUUCUAGUUGUUAUUGCAGGUUAUUAUUUUUUCCAUAGACUCUGAAAUACACAUUGCAGAGAUGCUUUUAUUGGGUCAAAUGAAAGGCAUGCUGUGCAUCAUGCUUCAUCAGGCAAAGAUGGUUAAAAUUCAUGUAGGGAAACAAAAGUGAUGGUGUUUUAAGGUCGUAAGUCUUCAUCUUACUUCAUGUGUUUACUUGAGAUGGUCUUAGUGGAAGUGCAGAUAGAGGCCACAUCUCUUCGUGACCAUAAGGUGACUGGAACACGGGACCCCAACACUUAUCACUUUUUUCCCACACAUACUUGUUUUAACAUCUUAGAAUGAUUAAGAAGCUGUCUGGUUUUGAAAGCUAGUAUGAUUUAUUUUGGCAAAAUUAAUUAAAAAAAUCACUAUAACAUGUAUUUCGGAUUUUGUUGUAUGGUAACAUAGCUACCCUUACAUUUCCCCCCCACAUGGUACAUCAUGAAAUAAAACAUCUUUACCAUGUCAGACUUUGUUUUUAUAACAAAGAAUAUAUUUAUGAUCUCUUUAUUUAUUGUUUCUUCAUCACAGGGUCAUUUUAAUAAAAACGCAGUGGCACUUUUUUGUUUGUUUGGCCUGCUUUUCAUUGAAGACUUGCAUUUUUAAUUUUAGAUUCAGCGAUGUCUUUUUAGUAUUGUUUUACUCAGUUCUUCAAACAUUCAGUCAAACGUAGCCAUACAGGUAUGCAUUUUCAUGUAUUUCAGAGGAUCAGAGCUAUGGUAGUAAUCUCACAGUGUUUCCUACUAUGACUCGGUGAUUGCAACUAGUCUGUCACACAGCUUGCUGGAAAUCCUCCUGUUGAAAUAAAAGAGAACCCCAAAAGCACUCAAUGACAUCCCAUGCAAUUGGGUGUGAGUUCCCUAGAAAUUUGCAGUGGCUUCUGGUCCUUGAGUCUUGUAUUAAUGAAGCUACGUGUUUGGAGUGGAGUUGUGCUUUUUGCAUUAUUGCAUGGCAUGGUUUAGAAUGAUUUCACUGUCUGAAUGGUGCCUUCAGCAAACCAUGCUCAUCUCUGUAUUUACCUAUGACAUUUGAGAAUUUAAGACACUGAACUUCCUAAUCAAUUUAUUCAAACUAAUUGUGUUUACUGCUAUAAUACAUAUUGCUGUAUUCUGUUUGUUUCCUGGCUGGAUAAAUUAAAUCAAGGUGAUUCUCUCCCCGUCCCCCAUUUUGUUGCCCUUAACAGGUUGAAAAGCAUUUUUUCUCCACAUCAGAUCACUGAAUUAACUCUAUUCUGUAGAUGACUGUUAUGUUCUGGUUUAAUGGAUGGGUCAUUUGUGUAGUUUUGUACAUUUUUGCCUGUAUAUACAACGAACUAAGUUUGGAGAAAAAUAUCUUUACUCAAGAAAAAUUAAACUUUAUUAUUGACUGAA